AUGGUGGCAAAACGAGGCUCCCUGCUCUCCCGUAGAGGGUGCUUGUUAGCAGCUGUUGUUAUUUCUAUUGUGGUUGCCCUUGCUUUGGGCCUCGGCAUAGGCCUCACUCGCGAAAAACACAACUCUGGUGCAAGUGAUAGUCCUUCGACGAAUACUGCAACACAAGACAAUAGUUCUCGAUCAAUUGAGUUAUGGCAUCCAGAAAGCAGAUUGACCUGGAAUUACCAGAUCAAAGAGCCUGUGUCUUCAGAUCCUGAUCAGAUGUACGAUGUGUGGGUCAUCGACCUCUUCGACAAUGAGCCGAACACCAUUACUGCUCUACAGUAUAAAGGCUCGAGGGUGAUUUGCUACUUUUCCGCAGGAAGCAGUGAGGAUUGGAGAUCGGACGCACAGAACUUUUCUCAAGCAGACUUGGGCAACGAUUUAGCCGGUUGGCCAGGAGAGAGAUGGGUGAACACCAACGGCACCUCAGUUCGAGAUAUCAUGCUCAGCCGGCUUGAUCUCGCUGUGGAGAAGAACUGUGACGGCGUUGACCCAGAUAACAUGGACGCCUACAAUAAUGACAACGGCCUCGACCUGACGCAAGCAGACGCCAUCGACUAUAGUCAGUUCCUUGCCGAUGAGGCACAUCAACGUGGAUUAUCCAUCGGAUUGAAGAAUGCACUUGAGAUCGUCCCUGAAGUUGUAGACACUAUGCAAUGGUCUGUCAACGAGCAGUGCGUCGAGUACAACGAGUGUAACGCAUUGUCGCCUUUCAUACAGCAGAACAAACCAGUCUUUCAUGUUGAGUAUCCCAAAGGCGAUGUCAACGAUGACAGAAGUGUGUCAAUGGACGCACGGGCAAAGGCGUGUGAAGCUUUGGGGGAAUCGAACUUUUCAACAAUCAUCAAGAACACUGACUUAGAUGAGUGGAUCGAGACUUGCGCUUGA